GUGCUUUCACUCAUUAGGACUGCAGCUGGGGCAGUCCCUGCCAAAACACUGUGGUUUAGUGCAGGAAGACAAGCACAGCUGGCAGCCGUUAGGUAAGAGAACAUGGGUGGUUCCUCCUGCCCUUCUGUUUCUUAAUCUUACUGCAAACCUUGCUGUUUUAUCUACCCAUUGCACCAGGAGGAGUGAACACAACAGCUGGGGAAGGGGAGAAAGAGGAGGUACACCUCUUGUGUGUGUUCCCUUUUUAGGGCCAUGCUCUACCCCGUGUCUUCCACAAAGCAAGGAACGGUCACAGAAUUUAAGCAGCUUCCAGUGCAAAGGGCACAGACCUGGCACCUGAUUCUGGAUGUGUCCCUGCUGCCCCAGCUCCCGCUUUAAAGCACCCACAAGCACUGAGCUUGGCAGGAUGUGCAGCCUUGCACUCACCUGUACAACCCUUCUCCCAGUCUGUGCAGCUCCUUAUAGCCAGUGCUGCUGACACCCUGAACAGCAUUUCACCACGCAGCUAUACUGAUGGAGAAUGACACAUCUGUUCAUGUCUCACCCCACCUGGCUCUGCAUGGGGAUGCUGGUGCGUGGCUCCUUUCUGAUGGGGACUGCAGUGCUGUGGCACAUGCAGUGUGGCCGAGUGCUGGGGAUGGUUCAAUCUCCGAUUUCAAAAUUGGAUUCAUUCUUGUAAAUGUAAAGCAGAAGGCAACGCUGUGUGUUCCCUGCCCCUUAGCCAAACAGCUGCCCAAACAGUACUUUAACCCAGGCUCUGGGCGUGUUUUGCCUUAAAUCAACACGGGAAGUUCCUGACACCCGUCCUCCAUGCCUGCACCCACUCGGUGUUGGGGGCCCACUACAGCACCACCAUGCGCUUCUUCCUCCGUGUCAUCAUUGUAGCCACCCUGGGCAUCACCACCCUUGUGACCUGGAAGCUGCUCCUCUGGACCCCAAUAUCUGGCCAAGAAGGUGACCUGGCCCCCAAGGCAGAGGAGGAUUUCACUCUGACACUAGAUACCUUCCUCCAUGUUCAGCAGCUCAGGAAGAAAAGCCUGAAGGCUUUCUGCAGCCAGCCAGGCAAAGCCACCAUGCUCCAGACAAGCUGGGAGGAGAGAGCUCAUCUGCUCUCCAGGGUGAGGGUGAGCACCAAGCUGAACUUCCUCUACUGCCAGGUGCCAGCAACAGGGGUGGAGGGAUGGCAGCAGCUGCUGGAACAGCUGGAAGAGAAAGAAAACUGGACACUCACAGCACCGCUUCCCUACCCUCAGCAGCACACCCCGCAGACAGAGAUGAGCAAACUCAACCUGAGCACAAUAGAGGCUGUGAUAGGGUCCUACACUAAAGUGCUCUUUGUCAGGGACCCCUUCCAGAGGCUGAUCGCUGCUUACCUGCAAAGCAUGCCCAGCGGCUCUUCUUUCAGCAGCUUUGUCCAGGAAGCUUUAGACACGGGACUGCAAAAUGCCAGCACGGCCUGGAAACCACUCGUCAGCCUGUGCCUGCCCUGCCUCAUUCAGUACGACUACGUGCUGAUGUUUGGCUUCCUGAAGCAGGAGCUGGGCCACCUGCUGCAGCGUGCCAGGCUGAAGGCUAAUAUCCACCUCCCCGAGCUCACCGACCGCCAUGUGCUAUGGACUUACAGCUGGCUGUCCAAGCAGCUGUUCAGCGAGCUGACCCUCCAGCAGAAGCAGCAGCUGGCUCAUUUCUACCGCUGGGACCUUUCUGCUUUCCCAUUUUCUCAUAGCUUGCUGUCAGACCAUCACAGCACCCCAGAGAGCUGGUAGGAAUGCUCCAUCUGGAGGGACCAUUUCAGAAUGCAUUAAUUCAAGUGCUGUGAACUAGAUGAACUCUUGAAGAACCUCAACUCCAUGCUAUGUGCUUGUCCAUGCCAUAGCUUCAACUGACAAGGAAGAGAACUGAGAUUGGCCACUGACACGGACAAGGCAUCAAUGCCUUUAAACUGCUAAGUCGCAUUACAAGGUACAGGACCAAGCACUGGAGAAACACAUGGUUUUGGGAUGGCAUUGGAGCUUAGAAAACUGCAUACCCACUGUGGCGGAUUGAAUAGCUUCCUGCAAACCCAGCACUUGAGGGCCUCCUCAUGGGCACUGAAUGCACUCCCAAUCCUCACAAGCCACCAAGGGCCCUUUCGCCCUUCCACAGGUUCCCAAACAUAUACAAUUCCCUUACUUUCAGCAGAACUAAGUGUUGCCUUGGAAAGGUAGUGAGGCCAUAGCAUUAAGCUGGGAGACUGACCCUAGAGAGCACCCAGAGCCAAUCCAAGAGCUUUGCCCUUGCCCUGUCCCUCACGCAGGCUGUUAUAAAUCACCUCGGGAACAACAAUCAGUAACACUUCAUUCCUCCCAGGUCCUUUCUCUGACGUCCUCUGUUGUUUAAAAGAUGAGGGGAAAAAGGAAAUAGGCCAAAUGUGUCAAAUGAAUCAGUAUCUUGUUGGAAACCUUAGCAUCUCUCGUUUUCAUCUUUAAUCAGAGAGGACAAGAUAGCACAUCAACUAAAAUUCCAUCCAUUCCCUGGCAUAGCCCUAGGCUUGCUGUAGACAAAGACAUCCUCUUUAAUUUAGGAUAAAUCAGCUAUUGGUCACAUUUUAAGAUCUCCCUUUGAACCACUGCCAUUACAUAUGUAAGACCCUCAUCACAGUUAGCUAACAUCAACAUUCCUCCUUAUCUUCCUCUCUGUAGUGGCAUGUGCUAAGGGGUCAUAGUAGGUCCAGCCCACUGUCUGUCCAGGUUCAGUGCUUUUAAGUCCCUUUUGGACUAAGAACAGGUGAUAAGGUGAUAAUUCUCCCCUAGUACAAUAACCAUGCAACUUCAUAUUGUCUUGCAAUGAGUGUCUCCCAUCCUUGCAGCAAUUCUAAAUGAAGCUUGUAGGAUUUCCAGUUACAUCUAGAUAAUGUUAUCUUCUACUCACUCUUCAUUUGAAUCUACAACACAGCUAUAAUCUGGCAGCCAUCUUCUCUCCUAGAGGAAACAGAGUGGGAAAUUAAAGUGUGAAAAAUCUAUGAAUCACAGUAGCUGAACCACCUGAACAUGGAUUGUUUUCUUCCAUUAUAGUCCCACUGCCUUGUGGUCCCUCUGUUAUAAGCCUGGUUUCACAGGGAGAGUUCACUUCCCAAGCUUUCCAUUCACACAUGCCGAGACUAUGGCUUAAAGAUCACCGGCUCAGCAGAAGGGUGCUGUAAAGGGGAGAAAAAAAGCUGCAAUAAGCAAGAGCAAGAACAAAUGAGGGUUUGGACUUGGGUUCAGGUGUUCCCUUCAAGACAGGUGACUGCACCACUGAAGAUCUGUUCUGAGAGGCUGCUGUAUGAGCUGAGAUGUCUGUGUCUCAUGGCAUCGGGUCAGAUGCCGUGCCUGGCUCUAAAUGAAGGUCAGAUGGUAAGCACUCAAAUGGACUGAGAAUAUGAACAGUUGUCAUUCUCAGUCCUGCUAUGUGACUUCUCCCAUGUGGAUUAAUAACAUCUAAAGACAGAAUAAAACAGCAAAAGAAGCAAAACGUGAAAAUUCAGAUGCAAGAUCUUGGCACCGCAGAUCUGGGGAAAUAACACUGCUGAAAGUGGCAAUCACAGUAGCGUCCCUACUGCCAGGGAAAUGCAAUGAGAACUUCAGGAGAAGACAGAGCAGCAGCGUGCAGGCUACUUCUGUUCCUGUUUACAACAAAGAGCAGCACUCAUGUUUCUGGGAAAGAACGGAAAAGCAUCCUGAACACAGAGUAAAGCCUACAUAAUAAAUUCAACUACUCUGA